CCUGUAUUUCUUACAUCUCGUCUGUCUCUGAUCUGCAACAUAGACCAGAGGCUACUCGUUAUUGUCGGCCGCUCUCAGCAUUUUGACGACCUUCGUGCACACUCGCCUCUAGGCGCCCUUCACCAUGGCCGAAACCAACGGAACCGCAGUAGCCAACAAGCUGCUCAACAAGAUCCAGGACGACGAGGUCUCCCGCCAUCCCUCUCCACAGCCCACGCACUUCUCCGUGCCUCUCGGCAGCAACAGCAAUUUGAGCCAUAAUGGUCAUAAGGUCCUUCGCUCCGCAACUGUCGGCUACGUCGCUCCCGAGUUCAAAGACCGCCCUCAGCAGAUCCAGAAAGUCAAGGAGAUAAUUCAAUCGCAAGGAUGGAUCCCAGAAUCCCACCUUGAGCAACAAGUCUCGUGGUUCUACAACGAGCUCGGGAUCGACGAUGUCUACUUCCAGAUGGAGCAGGCCGAAGUCAUCGCCACCCACAUUACCUCGACCUAUGCUGCAAAGAUUGCUGCGUAUGCACGCGUCGACAAGCGCGAGGACAUCCGCCUUGACAUGGAAGCUACCGACCAUGCCAUCUACAUCGACACGAGCGUGCCCGGCGUCUCCAAUCUCCGGGGGCCCAGAUACGAGAAUCGGCUCGAAGACAAGUACCUGGACCACACUGACCCAGAGAAGCGGUUCCGAGUCGAAACCUUUCGGUCCCCGUCCAACUUGGCUGGUGAUGCCAGCUCUCAAGGCUCAUCGUUGCGAUGCUAUUUCGUCUACCAGUGCCAAUUUGUCGAUCCCAAUCCUGACCCCAACGAGACACGCCUCCACCUCAUCAGCGACCGUACUUUCUUGACCAAGGCGACAAAGAACACCAAGGAGAUUUACCAAGACAUCAUCAAAGUUGCCGUCAGCAGGUUCGGUCCUGUCAUUGAGGUCUUCGACAUGGAGGGCUUGCAGGAGAAGCGCCUCGUUGUAGCCUUCAAGGCACGCACCGCACGUGGCCUAUUCAGCGCGCUUAGUGAUCUCUACCACUACUACGGAGUGACCAGCACGAGAAAAUAUGUCGAACAGUUCUCCAAUGGCAUCACAGUAAUGAGUAUCUACCUCAAACCUGCUACCAAUCUCAACACGGACAUCAUGCCCAUCGAUCAAUCCAUCUAUCAGAUAACGAAGGAGAUUUCUCUCUUGUACUGUAUUCCACAGAACAAGCUCCAUUCCCUCUUCGCCUCUGGUCAGCUGAGCCUGCAGGAGACCAUCUACGGACACUGUGUCUGGGUCUUUGUGCAGCACUUCCUGAACCGCCUCGGCUCGGAGUAUGCUUCUUUAUACCAAGCGCUGGAUCCUAAGAAGAAUGCCCACGCCGAAAUUCUCUCAAAGCUGAAGCGCCGGCUCCGCACCGAGACCUUCACUCCGGACUACAUCCUCGAAAUCAUUGAGAACUAUCCAGCUCUCGUGCGUGCGUUGUAUGCUUCCUUCGCCAGCGUCCAUCUCAGUGUCACCCCUGGUCUGGACCAGAACGGAAUCGCCACCCCUCCGUCGUUGGAGGUUCUGUCGGACGCCAGGUUGAAGGAACGUAUCACCCGCGAAGUAUCCAAUGAGCACGAAGAGAUGGUCAUGACGGCUUUCCGCAUCUUCAACAACGCUGUAUUGAAGACAAAUUACUUUACACCCACCAAGAUGGCCCUCAGCUUCCGACUCGACCCAUCUUUCCUGCCCGAGUUCGAGUACCCCACGCCUCUUUACGGCAUGUUCCUUGUCAUCAGCGCCGAGUCUCGCGGCUUUCAUCUUCGCUUCAAGGACGUGGCCCGCGGUGGCAUUCGCAUCGUAAAGUCCCGCAGCAAGGAAGCCUACUCGAUCAAUGCUAGGAAUUUGUUCGACGAGAACUAUGGUCUUGCAAGCACACAACAGCGCAAGAACAAAGAUAUUCCCGAGGGCGGUUCGAAGGGAGUCAUCCUGCUUGAUGCCAAGCAGCAAGACAAGGCCCAGGAGGCCUUCGAGAAGUACAUUGACAGCAUCAUGGACCUCUUGCUUCCAGGUCAGAGCCCAGGUAUCAAGAAUCCCAUCGUUGACUUGUACCGCAAGGAAGAGAUCUUGUUCAUGGGCCCUGACGAGAACACGGCCGACCUGGUCAAUUGGGCAACCAUGCACGCACGAUCUCGUGGAGCUCCGUGGUGGAAGUCAUUCUUCACGGGCAAGUCUCCCAAGCUCGGAGGUAUCCCGCACGACACGUACGGCAUGACUACAUUGUCUGUGCGCGAAUACGUUAAGGGUAUUUACAGAAAACUCGAGCUCGACCCUUCAACCGUCAAGAAGAUGCAGACUGGCGGUCCCGACGGCGACCUUGGCAGUAACGAGAUUCUUCUCAGCAACGAGAAGUAUACCUCUGUCGUCGACGGCUCAGGCGUGCUGGUUGAUCCAAAUGGGAUUGACAUCAACGAGCUGCGUCGCCUCGCAAAGGCCCGUGCCAUGAUUGUCCAUUUCGACGUCUCGAAGCUCUCCAAGGACGGAUUCAGGGUGCUGUGCGAUGAUAGUAACAUCACACUGCCCAGCGGCGAGGUGAUUGCGAAUGGUACAUCAUUCCGCAACACGUACCACCUUCGAGACACCGGCCUGACAGAUUCGUUUGUUCCCUGUGGUGGCCGUCCCGAGUCGAUUGAUCUUGUCUCGGUCGGCAGACUCAUCAAGGACGGCAAAUCCACUAUUCCUUACAUCGUCGAGGGUGCCAAUUUGUUCAUCACGCAGGAUGCCAAGCUGAGACUCGAGGAGGCGGGCUGUAUCCUGUACAAAGAUGCCUCGGCCAACAAGGGUGGUGUCACGUCGUCGUCUCUUGAGGUCCUCGCAUCUCUGAGCUUCGAUGACGCUGGCUUCGUUGAGCACAUGUGCCACGAUGCUCAUGGUCAGGCCCCGGAAUUCUACCAGGCCUACGUGCGUGAAGUUCAGGCCAAGAUCUGCGACAAUGCGCGCCUGGAGUUCGAGGCUAUCUGGCGCGAGGCGGAAGAGACGGGCAAGCCCCGUUCAGUCUUGUCUGACAAACUUUCCAAUGCGAUCACCACGCUCGAUGAGGAGCUGCAACACUCUGAUCUGUGGAAGGACGAGAAGAUCCGGCUUGAUGUCCUCAGAGAUGCCUUGCCGAAGCUGCUGCUGGACAAGAUUGGUCUCGAAACCAUUAUCAAACGCGUCCCCGAUGCCUACCUUCGCGCCAUCUUCGGCAGCUACCUCGCUUCGCGCUUUGUCUACCAAUACGGCAGUAGCCCGAGUCAAUUUGCUUUCUACGACUUCCUGUCCAAGAGAAUGUCCAAGCACAACUGAGAGCUCAUUGUUCAACUCGCGACGAAUUCCGUACCAGACCUUGUCAAAAGGUGAUUGGCAACAAGGCAAAAAGUUAUAUGAUCAUAUCAUGGUUUCAGCAUUGCAAUGGCGUUCACGAAGGAGAUGAGGAUCCAAUCGAUUUCAACAAUACUCGACACCAUAGGCGAGAAUUUACACGCACAAGGUAUGGUGGCGAUGGAUUAAUAGACACGGAAAUAUACUCAACAAUCCGAUGAGAUCCAUGCGUUGAAGAUCUUUGAUACCACCUAGUGUGCCCGUUGCUGAAUACUCAGUACUUCGUUUGAUACAUGAUUGCAUUGUCCAUAACAUAGAAGCCCGAAAUUUGCUUGUGAUGUACAAUAGACAGAAUUGACUAUUCAACAGCCAA